UCCAGGAAAGAUCGCAACAUGUCUGGUCGCGGGAAAACCACCGGUAAAGCCAGAGCCAAGGCGAAGACCCGCUCCUCUCGUGCCGGCCUUCAGUUCCCAGUCGGCCGUGUUCACAGGCUGCUGCGCAAAGGAAACUAUGCGGAGCGUGUCGGUGCCGGAGCCCCCGUGUACCUGGCGGCGGUGCUGGAGUAUCUGACGGCUGAGAUCCUGGAGCUGGCUGGAAACGCCGCCCGCGACAACAAGAAGACCAGGAUCAUCCCCCGUCACCUGCAGCUGGCUGUCCGCAACGACGAGGAGCUCAACAAGCUGCUGGGCAAAGUCACCAUCGCUCAGGGCGGCGUGCUGCCCAACAUCCAGGCUGUGCUGCUGCCCAAGAAGACCGACAAGGCUGCCAAGGCCAAGUAAACCUGCUCACCUGCUCACCCGCUGGAAACCA